GCCAUGCUCCCCUAUAAGCAGGGCUUUCUGCGGCGUACAACGUCGCACGUAUACCGUGGUGGUAGACGUCACGUCAAGAAAUACGUCGCUCACGCUAUCUACGCUGGCCGCAAGUACAGCCAGUACAGAAAAGACAGCCAGCAUGGAUCAUCUUUCGAUUCAUCGCAGCAGACUCCGUUACAUCAAAAGCUCGCAGAUGCCUGGAGAAACACCCCCACUAAAUGGUAUCCUUUGCCCGUUCUAGUCGGUGCUUUACUACUUGUCGCACUCAAUAUUCGCAAGAGGCAACGGGAAUAUGCUUCCCAAUCGAAAACCGAAGGGCAUGGGAUGAUGGUCGAUAGAGAUGGUGAUGAAGUUAUUCGGCUGCAUGGACCGUUCCAUGUUAAUGUCCUUGGCGCUCUCCCGUUAAGAAAUUUGUCGCGCUUAUGGGGAUACCUGAAUUCUGUUGAAUUACCCGUCUGGUUCCGUCCUACCGGCUUCACGAUUUACUCAAAGAUUUUCGGCGUUAACCUUGAGGAAGUUGAGCACGACCUUCCGUAUUACAAGAGCCUGGGCGAAUUCUUCUACCGAAGGUUGAAAGAGGGCGUAAGACCAAUCGACGACGCUAUUCUGGUUUCUCCCGCGGAUGGUAAAAUAUUACACUUCGGGACCGUAGAAGGAUCACGAGUAGAACAAGUCAAGGGCCUAACGUAUUCUCUCAAUGCACUUUUGGGAAAAUCGACACCGUCGACUCCAACGUCCAAGAAAGUAGACUUCACCAAUCGCGACCACGAAGUAAUCAUGGACCGAGAAUUUGCAGACAUCAACGGAAUUGAAUACAGUCUCGAACAACUGCUAGGGUCCUCAGAUGCACCAAAAGUCAAGGAACCUGACGAAAAGGACAACGAAGCAUCUGAAUUACCGGAUGGGGAGUUAAACGUGUUAAGGCAAAUGGGAGAAGCGAAGGACGUGUCUGUUCCACCUUCAGGUUCCGAAUCAAACCUCGCACACGACGCAUCAGUCGCACUCGCAGUGGGUCGACCACCUCUCACACGUACACAUUCCGAGCACCAACGAAACCCGCAAAACCGACUAUACUUCACAGUAAUCUAUCUCGCACCAGGGGACUACCACCGAUUCCACUCUCCCGCCGCCUGGGUCGUCGAACAACGACGGCAUUUCGUCGGCGAACUCUUCAGCGUAUCACCUUACAUCGCCCGACGGCUACCAAACCUCUUCGUCCUGAACGAACGCGUCGCGCUCCUUGGACGCUGGGCACACGGGUUCUUCAGCAUGACACCAGUAGGAGCAACCAACGUCGGUAGCAUCCUACUCAACUUCGACCGGGAACUUCGAACAAACGUCCGCGGGCGACGUCCACCGCCAGGAACUUUCAUGGAAGCAGUGUACAGCAACGCGAGCAAGAUCUUGCGAGGCAAGCCGCUUCGACCUGGUGAGGAGAUGGGUGGGUUCUGUCUUGGGAGUACGAUCGUGCUUGUUUUUGAGGCGCCGAAGGACUUCGUGUUUGAUUUGCAUGCAGGACAGAAGGUGAAGGUCGGGCAGAGACUUGGAGAUGUUAAAGCUUCACCUGAGAAGACUUGACGAUGUUUUAUCUUAACCUUGACCUUGACUAUCGCUCCCCUCCGGCACUCCUUUUCCUGCGUUGCAUGCUCUGUUUCUGCUUUCUUGCAGCUUGGAUUCUUGACUCCGACAUUUUCAACAUGACCGCACCAGAUGACGAUUCGCAAUAAAAUCUUUCGUAAACUUAGAUGAAUUCUUUCCUCCCCUCUCAUUUUGCAGAUUAUUCUUUUACAUAGUAAAUAUUAGUAGUGAUGAGAUGUUGCAAUACGUGUUUGCGAGAAGUU